AUGAACUUAAAAACCAAUUGUGAGAAAGUGUAUAAAGCCCUUACAGACAUAAACAGCUCAGAGACUGACAUUAGUGCAAUCGAUUUAUAUGAAGAAAUUCAACCAUAUUUUACCACAGAAAAAAGUCCUAGUGAUAUUCUUGAAUACAUUUUCGAGAAUAAUCUUAAAUCAACAUUUCCAAACUUAACUAUAAUGGUACGUAUAUUCCUAACUCUACCCGUUACAGUAGCUAUAGGUCCGCCAUUGGUAAGUUUCGCCAUGACAUCUUCUGGCUCUGGGUUUAACUCCCUCCCAGAGAGCGAAACUCUGCCUUCACUACCCAUGGGACCACCUGCAAUUCCACAAAAUCGCUUCGAUCCCUACUUCGAUGCAAUGACUCCUAGUAACGUCACUGCUCUCGUUGGGAAAUCAGCCUAUCUCAGUUGCCGAGUUAGAAAUUUAGGGAAUAAAACGGUGUCGUGGAUCAGACACAGAGACAUUCAUAUCCUCACAGUGUCCAGCUACACCUAUACCAGCGAUCAGCGUUUUCAAGCAAACCACCAUCCUGAAACGGACGACUGGACCUUGCAGAUCAAAUGGGCUCAAAAGAGAGACGCUGGUACUUAUGAAUGUCAGAUUAGUACUCAACCAGUAAAAAGUUAUUUCGUCGUCUUAAAUGUAGUCGUACCCACCGCUCAAAUUCUGGGAGGACCAGAUUUACAUGUAGAUAAAGGUAGUACCAUCAACUUAACCUGCUCCAUAAGAUUUAGUCCUGAGCCACCAGCCUAUAUUUUUUGGUACCAUCAUGAUGAUGUUAUCAGCUAUGAUUCUAGCCGAGGUGGAGUAAGCGUAAUCACCGAAAAAGGCGAUGUGACUACAAGUUUCUUACUAAUCCAGAAUGCUGACCUAUCGGAUUCUGGAAAAUAUUCCUGCAGCCCUUCAAAUGCUGACGUCGCAAGUAUACGAGUUUUUGUAUUAAAUGGUGAAAUGCCAGCUGCAAUGCAAACAGGUUCUGAUGGAUUGUCCAAUAGCUCAUUCAACAUCUUCGCUCUCAUCAUAGUUUCUUACCUAUACACAUCCUACUAUUUCAGCAAUCUUGACCUGAACCAAGGAAGUUGGAGGUAG